AAUGACCGAAGAGGUGCACGCACGCGGGGCGGGGCAGGCUGUGGUUCACACGACUACGAGGGCCGACGCGAAGUGAGGCCAGCGAUUGGUAGCACGAUGGGUCUGGCUCGCAACACUGCGCCAGCCGCUUCCCCGGCCUCGCUGGGCAUGCGCAAGAGUAAUAGCAAGAAAGGCAGAAACGCAGGCCGACCUUGCUAGGCAGGCCCCGGCGCAGGAGCAGGCGCAGGCGCAGGCGCAGACCAGCCUCUCUAGGCAGAGAGUGGCAGAGGCUUAGGCCGGCUUCAUUAGGAAGGAAGCCGUAAGGUCGCAGAUGCGGCCCUGCCGGCCGCAGACACCUCCGCCCCGAGAUGGAGGAGGAGUGCGGACCAGAGUCACCACCGUGCGCCUCUAAGCCGCCGCCAGAUCACCUGCAGUCGCCCACGUGGUCGCUGCUGGUCAACCUGAUGUUCCGGGUGACCCAUGCGAUGUCACCGCCGCCGACGGUCAGCCCCCAUCGCAGUCCCACCUCCCCGCAGGAGCUCCCGGGCCGCUCCCAACUCCCGGACGCGCCGCCCGAGCCGGGGGGCCCAUCCCCGGAGUCCCUGGAAGCCGGCACCUCCCUGAAGUCCUACUCCAACGUGGUGGCGUUACUGUCGCAGUGGGCCGAUGACCACCUCUGCCUCAUCCGGAACAUUAGUACUGGAAUGGCAGUAGCAGGAGUCAUGUUAUUUGCAAGAAGUAUUAAAUUGACAUCCAAAUUUGUAAGUCCUUCGGAUAUUCCUAUAGAAUUUAUUAAAAAUUGCAUUAAAUUACGAGGACGACUGCACCGGAUCACUGUUAAGGGGCUGGAAUUGGAGCAUAUUCCCAUUAGCAUCCCUCUAAUUUCGUCUUGGAGAAGGCAACCAUGUGGGUUUUUGCUGAUAAAGCUAGCUGGAGUGGAGCUCACUGAGGCUGGUCGCCUGUGGUUGAGAAAGGAGUUAAAACCUUUCCAAGUACUGUGGUUCCAGCUGCUGGCAACGGACAACUCAUCACUUCUUUGCUACGUGUGGAUGAAUAGAGGUACAUAUUUUAAUGUGAAUUUGAAUGAAGAAAUUUUGAGAAGAGGGCUCGGCAAAACUGUUCUCAUCAGAGAGCUAGAUCAUAACUCUAAGGUGUAUUGGGAAGUUCACAAAAAACUCCUGAAAGCAGAGCUACAUGCCAUAAGAAGAAGAGAAGGAGUCUGGAAAGAAGAGGCCGAGAAGUCGAGUUAUAUAGAGAAAUUUAAAGGGUCAUGGAGAGAAAUAUGGAGUGAAGGCAACACUUUCAAGGGAUUAUCAUUCUGGGAGUUGGACCUAAAGAGAAAAUCCUAUUAUGAAACAUUAAAGAGCUGUUGUGAAAAAUAUAAAGAGAAAUUAAGUAAUUCCAGUUUUCUGUUGAAGGUCAGAGAGUUUCUGAGUCGUAUGAAACUUGGUAAAAGAUAGUGAAAUGUUGGAAGAUUUCUAGAGGUCGCAUAAUUGGAAAAUACCUGAGAAGCUGUGGAGUUAUGUAUGUUUCCUUGAGAAGUAUUGAUGAGAAGGCCCCAAAUGAUCAGAGUUUUUAGACUUAAAAGAAGAAAAAGAAGAGAAAGUCUAGCGGGAAUUUGAAUGUUUAAAAAAAGAUGACUUUUGUAUAUGUUAGAUUGGAAUUUAAACCGUGGUGAGUAUGCUUUUUAUGUGCUUUUGUGGAAAUGAAAAAUACUAUGUAAUAAAUCACCAAGUUCCAGGUUGUGAAAGAAUCGUAGUAUCAUUUUAAAAAGACUUUUACUUAAAAUUGUUUUGAGUGAUAUUAUGUAGUUGCAAUUGAGCCAUACUUUUAUUUAUUUAAAAAUUGAAUCAACUUUCACAAAUCUGGAAUCAUUGGAGAGAUGCCCACCCUCCAGCACCCCAGUCCUGCCUCUCACUUUAUGGGGUGCAAGCUAUUUUGUCUUUAUGAGACAGCAGACUGUAAUGGAGAGCAAGACUUAGGUUCAAAUAGUGCCUUGGAAGCCAUGGGCACCUUUCUUAACUUCUGAUUUCUGAAGGUCACUUACCUCUCAAGCAAUUCUCUUAAGAGGAGGGGCCCUUUCAAUUACAGAUCAUUGACAUUCAAGAAGGCAUUUCAACAUCCUUUCUUCGGAGAAGGGACGAAUGGUUGUCUCGUGCACUGAAAACAUGAAUUUUAUUCAGUCACAUACGUUAGAUGUGAAAUCUGAUCAUUUAUGGUUAUACCCUGUUUAUUAAUGCAAAAGAAAAAUAAAUUAACAACUACACAUUAUAUAAUUAACAUUUUAUUGUGA